AUGAGUGGGUUGUUGCCCGAUAUAGAACAAAUUUGCUUUUACCUCACUGAUAAUGCUGUUGAAGGUAAAUCCCAACCAAUUGAUGUCUUAAUUGACAACCAAAGGAAAACUGUUGUAUUAGAAAACAGAAAAAAACUGAUUCCCAUUACAGAUGCCAUCAUAUUGUGUGGAAGGCAAGGUAUUGCACUAAGAGGACAUCGUGAUGAUGCUAAGUAUCAUCCAGCUCCAGGGGAAUAUUUAGUAGGGAGAACUGGGAAUUUUGUAGAAUUGCUGAAAGUUAGAGUUCUAGGUGGUGAUGCUGAUUUGAAAGAGCAUUUAUCAAAAUGCCCUAAAAACGCAACAUAUAUUUCCAAAACCACUCAAAAUGAUUUAAUAAAUUGUUGUGGUGAGGUAAUAACUAAUAAAUUUGUUUCUGAAAUUAGGAAGAAUAAAUUUUUCUCUGUCCUGACUGAUGAACUUUUAGAUUAUUCUAGUAAGGAACAACUUUCUUUAGUAAUCCGUUACGUUGAUUCCAGUAGAAAUAUCAAGAAAGAUUUUCUUAAAUUUCUUCAUUGUAAAGAGGGUUUAACUGGUGCAGAUUUAGCCCAGCUUAUGUUGUCUGCUCUGCAAAAUUUAAAUCUAGAUUUCAGUAAUUGCUGGGGCCAGGGUUAUGAUGGGGCUGGUAGUGUUGCUGGACAUUUAAAUGGUUUAUCAGCUCGUCUUCUGUCGGUUAACAAAAAGGCUAUUUAUGUUCAUUGUCAUAGCCACCGUUUAAACCUUUGUGUUGCUAAAUCUUGUUCCGUCACGCUGGUAAGAAAUGCUAUGAACAAAAUUAAGAAAUUUCCUACUUCUUUAACUUUUCACAAAAAAGGCAACAGCUCCUUGAAAAAAAUGUCAUUCAAUAUUGUCCUAAUUCUGAUAAGUGGCAUGAAAGUUUUUCAAGAACUUUAUGUUGAAAUUUAUGUGACCCUUGAUGAUAUGACAGUUAAUUUAAAUAAAAUUGUCAAUAAUGAAACUGCCACCAAAGCACACUCAUUUUUUAAUGAAAUUUCUACCUUUAAGUUCAUUGUAUCUGUUGUUGUGACCAGAAAUGUUUUGGCACUAACACAUGGUGUUACAACUUUGCUUUAA